AUGGCAGCAUCUUUUUCAUAUUUGCUUUGUUUUUUAAGUUUUUCUUUGGUAGGUGCGCUCAACAACGGUCUAGGUUUGACUCCACAAAUGGGAUGGAACUCGUGGAAUCAUUUCGCCUGCAAUAUCAAUGAACAACUCAUUUCAGAAACGAUACAAGCGCUGUCAACUUCGCAACUGAGUAAAGUCGGCUACGAAUAUGUCAAUAUUGAUGAUUGCUGGGCAGAAAACAGAACGUCUGAUGGCAAAAUUGUUGUAGAUUAUAAAGCAUUUCCUCAUGGUAUCGCCCCUCUGGCAGACUUAGCACAUGCACAAGGGUUAAAGUUUGGCGUAUAUAGUGAUGCUGGGUAUAAAACUUGUGCUGGUCGCCCUGGCUCGCUCGACCAUGAAGUCUCAGAUGCGUAUUCAUAUGCUAGCUGGAAAGUUGAUUAUCUCAAGUAUGAUAAUUGUUUUACAGAUUUGUCUAAACCUGAAAAGAGAUAUCCAGUCAUGAGGGAUGCUUUGAAUAAGGUACAGUGA